ACCUUCGCGUAUUUGCGUUUGCGUUUGCGUUUGCAUUGACAAUUGGAGAGUGGUCUUGGUCUCUUUCACUUCGUCUUCAAUCCUCAGUAGCAAUCUUCCAGCUUCUUCUCCUCAAUGGCGGCCAUUUCUGCAAGUUCUUCCCUUUCCAUUGGAUGCUUGAGAUCGGCAUGUCCUGAUUCUUCUCCCCCACUCGUAUCCUCGACGCGGGUAUCGUUCCCGGCGAAGUUUUCCUAUCUAUCCGGUAAAUCUUCGAACCGUGGCGAUGAAAUGUGUAGGAGAAUGGAGGGAGUCGUUAGAAGCGUAGACGGGAAGAUCUCUGACCCAUCUUUCUCCGAAGCUUCAUCUGCAACUCCAAAAUCGAAGGUGAGGAAGCACACAAUUUCAGUAUUUGUUGGAGAUGAAAGCGGAAUGAUUAAUAGGAUUGCAGGAGUCUUUGCGAGGAGAGGAUACAAUAUCGAGAGUCUUGCUGUUGGUCUGAACAGAGACAAGGCUCUAUUCACCAUAGUUGUCUGUGGGACUGAAAGGGUACUUCAGCAGGUCAUCGAGCAACUCCAGAAGCUCGUUAAUGUUCUCAAGGUUGAAGAUAUCUCGAGUGAGCCGCAAGUGGAGCGUGAACUGAUGCUUGUAAAAGUUAAUGCACAUCCAGAAUCCAGGCCAGAGAUCAUGUGGCUAGUUGACACAUUCAGAGCAAGAAUUGUAGAUAUUGCGGAACAUGCAUUGACUAUUGAGGUAACUGGAGAUCCUGGAAAAAUGAUUGCUGUAGAAAGAAAUUUGAGAAAGUUUCAGAUCAGAGAGAUUGUCAGGACAGGAAAGAUAGCACUGAGAAGGGAAAAGAUGGGGGCUACUGCUCCAUUUUGGCGAUUUUCAGCAGCAUCCUAUCCAGAUCUCAAGGAGCAAGCACCUGUUAGUGUUCUUAGAGGUAGCAAAAAGGGAGCCAUGGUCCCUCAAAUUGAAACAACAGCAGGGGGAGAUGUUUAUCCCGUUGAGCCAACUUCUGAUCUCAUGGUACAUCGUGUUCUUGACGCUCACUGGGGACUUCUCACGGACGAAGAUACGACUGGACUACGGUCACAUACUUUAUCUUUGCUUGUAAACGAUGCUCCAGGAGUCCUUAAUAUUGUUACUGGUGUUUUCGCUCGAAGAGGAUACAAUAUUCAGAGCUUGGCUGUAGGACAUGCUGAAACCGAGGGAAUUUCACGCAUUACAACAGUUGUUCCUGCAACAGAUGAAUCGGUCAGCAAAUUGGUGCAGCAACUUUAUAAACUCGUAGAUGUGCAUGAGGUCCAUGAUCUUACUCAUUUGCCAUUUGCUGAAAGAGAACUGAUGCUGAUUAAGAUUGCUGUGAACGCUGCUGCAAGAAGAGAUGUCCUGGACAUUGCUAGUAUUUUCAGGGCAAUAGCUGUUGACGUAUCUGAUCAUACUAUUACUUUGCAGCUUACGGGGGAUCUAGACAAGAUGGUUGCACUGCAAAGGUUGUUGGAGCCCUACGGUAUAUGCGAGGUUGCAAGAACCGGGCGUGUCGCAUUGGCUCGUGAAUCAGGAGUGGACUCUAAGUAUCUUCGUGGAUACUCCUUCCCUUUAACAGGUUAAUCCGUUGCAAAAUAAGAUACAGAGGUGUAUCCAUGGAGUGUACUUUGGAAGAUGAAAGAUUAUUACACUUUUUAUGUGCAAACCCAAAUACAGAGCCAGAGAGACUGUAGAUAUGUUUGAGACUUUGUUUAUUUUACAGUUAGCAGAUUUUGUGGCUUCAUUUUGAUUCCUUUCUUACUUUGUCGCUAUUCUUCUUUUUCCCAAUAGUUAUGUUAAAAUGAAUAAUAAAUCACACUUUUGAGUUCUAUAUAAAACAUUUAUAAAAUUAA